AAUUCUGAUCCUCUCUUAGGAUGUGAAGUACAUUGCAAUCAGUGGGUUCUUAUUUCUCCGCUUCUUCGCUCCUGCCAUCUUGACACCAAAGCUGUUCAACCUCCGUGACCAGCAUGCCGACACCCGGACCAGCCGCACACUUUUGCUACUGGCCAAGGCAGUGCAGAGCAUCAGCAACCUCGGCCUGCAGCUGGGGCAUGGCAAGGAGCAGUGGAUGGCUCCGCUGCACCCCUUCAUCCUUCCCAGCAUCGCCCGUGUCAAGGAUUUCCUGGACAAGCUCAUCGACGUGGACAGCGAGAACGCGGGCAAGGCCCAGCCCCGGACACUCUUCCACCCCUCGGUCACCAUCAAGGAGGGCUACCUGCACCAGCGCAAGGCUGAGGGGCUCCACCUGCUCCCACGCUUCACCUUCAAGAAACGCUACUUCUGGCUGAGCAGCGAGACCCUCUCCUACUCCAAGUCCCCAGAGUGGCAGGUGUGUGUCCCCCCA